AUGCUAGAAUAUAUUAAUAGAUGCUUAGAGUUUUCAUUAUCACCAACACCCAUUUUCCCUACUAAUCUCUUAACCAAUAUCAAGCAUUUGACAAACAUCGAAAAUUAAAGCAUAUAAUCUAUAGUAAAUUUGAAUCCUCCAUUAACAUAAUAAUCUUUUAUAUUGCAUCCACAAAUUAGCGAAUCAUACGUUAUAGAGGAGAACAAAUUAAGUUUUUAUAUUUCAGAAUCUCCACAGACAAGUUAAAAUGAAAAAAAUUUGAAUUAAUAAACAAAAUAAUCAACCAAAACUUUAAGAGAAUAGAUAAAUGAAAGAUUGCAAAAUAAACAAAGACAAUCACAUGUUCCUGAAGUUUCAAAUUCUCCUUUCAAAAUUCGGUCAAAAAGUCCUAUUUUGUUGAAGACAGGAACAACUCCUUAAAAAUAGGAAUCGAAUUAAAAUAAAGAGAAUUAGAUGCCUACCAUACAUAGGAAAUAGUUUUCAUAAAUUAAUGAGAAUAUCGAAACUCCAAAAAAAGGUUAUUUGCCUUUUCAAAACACAAAAUUCAGCAAGACUCCUUCUAGGUAAUCCCAAGCGCAAAGUAAAGUAAAACAGGAACUCUAACCAUCUUAACAAUAAAGACAUUCGUUAAAAAGGGAAUUAAAAAAUGGAGUUAGCCAUAUUAAAUUAACAUUGUACAAAUGA